GAUUCUUCCCAGUGAGGAGCAGCCCUCCAACUGUAUUCAGUCGCUGUUGUGGCUGUGAGGAAGAGCAGUCAUAUCGUUUGUUAGGUUGUCCGUGAUUCAGCCAGAGGCAUAUCGGGAGUGUUUUAAAAAGACCGACUAACUGAAAACAACCAGAGAAGGUGUCUGGAAGCCAAACAUUUGAUCCUGCAGCAGAAAGAAGAACUCGUUUAUUCAGAAAAAGGAUGUAUAAAUCUUCUUUGGCGUACUGCCUCGUUGACUGACAUCUGUAGCGGUGCUGAGGAAACAGCAGGAGGAAAGCGCCAACAACUUGAGCCGUGGACGGACUGUGGUGAGGGAGGACAAGAUGUUGAGUCAGUUAUUCAUCUCGUGGUGAAAGGAUUAGAGGCAGGUUGUAACCAUGCGCUGUCUGGCUGCACGUGUGAACUACAAGACCCUCAUUGUUAUCUGCGCCCUCUUCACACUUAUCACCGUGCUGCUGUGGAACCGCUGCACCAGUGACACCUCCAUCCGCCUCCUGCCACGGGCCCCCUUUGUGGCCCCAAGUCCUAAGAUUGGGGACGCUAGUAUCAGCAGCCAGCAGCAACCUCCUCAACCUCCAGAGCCCCCGCCUGUAGUCGGAGUCGUCGGUGGGAUCAAGUAUGAAGAAGUCGACUGUCUGAUCAACGAUGAAUCCACUAUUAAAGGCAGGAGAGAAGGAGGGGAGGUCUUCCUGCCCUUCAGCUGGAUGGAAAAGUACUUUGAGGUUUAUGGCAAAAUAGUGCAGUAUGACGGAUAUGAUCGCUUUGAGUUCCAACACAGUUACUCAAAGGUUUAUGCCCAGCGUGAGCCCUACCAUCCUGAUGGAGUCUUCAUGUCCUUUGAGGGGUACAAUGUGGAGGUCCGUGACCGUGUCAAGUGUAUCAGUGGAGUGGAAGGUGUGCCCCUCUCCACCCAAUGGGGCCCUCAGGGCUACUUCUACGCCAUCCAGAUUGCCCAGUAUGGUCUGAGCCAUUACAGCAAGAACCUGACUGAGCGCACUCCCCAUGUGGAGGUUUAUGACACGGCCGAGGAGCGGGACAGCAGGGCCAGCACAGCGCCUUGGAGUGUGCCGAAAGGCUGCAGCCUCAGCCGUGUCCAUGACAAGACCAGAUCUACCUCUGUGCGUCAGUUCAGUGCUCCAGAGUCCUCAGAGGGAGUGUCCCUCCAGCUGGGCAACCCUAGAGACUUCAUCCUCAGCUUGGACAUCAAGUUCACCUCCAACGGCAGCGUGUCUGUGGUUCUCGAGACUACCGAGAAGGGCCCGCCCUUCACCAUCCACUAUGUAACCAGCACGCAGCUCAUCGCCUUCAAAGACCGCGAUGUCACCUACGGUGUUGGGCCUCGAAGCUCCUGGAGCACGUUGACCCGAGACCUGCUGACCGACCUCAGGAAGGGAGUGGGUCUGUCGAACACGAAAGCCGUAAAAGCAACAAAGAUCAUGCCCAGGCGGGUUGUGCGGGUGGUCCUUCACGGACGUGGCUUUGUCGAUAAUGUCACCAUCUCUACCACCUCCCACAUGGCGGCCUUCUUCGCAGCCAGCGACUGGCUGCUGAGGAAUCAGGAUGAACGGGGCGGGUGGCCCAUCAUGGUCACUCGUAAACUGGGAGAGGGCUUCCGGCCUCUGGAACCUGGUUGGUACUCAGCGAUGGCUCAGGGCCAGGCCAUGUCCACCCUGGUGAGAGCGUACCUCCUCACCAAGAACCAGGCUUACCUCAACGCUGCCAUCAAGGCAGUGGGACCAUACAAGGUGCCUUCAGCGCAGCACGGCGUCAAGGCAGUGUUUAUGAACAAGUACGACUGGUACGAAGAGUACCCCACCACGCCCAGCUCGUUUGUCCUCAACGGUUUCAUCUACUCCCUGCUGGGACUCUUCGACGUGGCUGAGACAGCCGGGGAGAAGCUGGGCAGAGAGGCAGGGCAGCUGUUCAGCCGCGGCAUGGAGUCGCUGAAGGCCAUGCUGCCUCUCUUUGACACUGGGUCAGGGAGCAUCUAUGACCUGCGUCACUUCAUGUUGGGCACUGCGCCUAACCUGGCUCGCUGGGACUAUCACACUACGCACAUCAACCAGCUGCAGCUGCUGGCAUCUAUAGACAACGCCCCCAUCUUCAAGGAUGUGAUCAGGCGCUGGAAAAACUACUUAAGAGGGAUUCGUGCCAAGCACAACUAGACAGUAACAUCACAGACUUGCGUUCAGAGGAAGAGCGGUGGAUUGGGUGUCUGAAAGCUAAUGAGAUGAAUGAUUGUGUGAAUAACUGAGUCUGACUUCUGGGAGAGAAGUUACAGCUCUAAAUACUGAGACCUAGUGACUGUUGCAGCUUAUAGUUUCAGCACCAUCUACAGUAGCUCGUGUCCCCGGAGCUAGUGUUUGUAAUUGUGCACAGACCUAGUUUCAGAGUGAAUGAGUGGAUGAAUGAGUGUUCUGUUAAAAUAAACAAAACUAAAAAAAAUGUAAGUUCGGACACCGUGACAUCAUUUAAGUCAUCUUUUCAGUUUCCUUUUCAUUUCAUAUCAAAUUUGCAAAGUUUAGCAAAACAAGCUGUGAAUAACAGAGUAUGACUGUUUAAAGGAGGAUGUUGCCAAAAAAUGUAAAGAUAUACGGUGAUUAAACACUUUGAGUUGUAUUUCUCCAGAAGCAGAGGAGUCCGAUGCUCUGUGUUUUGCACAUCAAAUUCUUUUGGAACCACUUUUCGCAACAAUGAAAAAAAUCAUUAGUUUAUCUUCUUUUUCAAAAUUUUUAAAUCAGAAUAUUAAAAACUGGAUUUGAUGUCUGAUGAGCUGUUAGGAUUCAGUCCUGAAUAAAAACAAUCAGACGUUCCUGUUUACGUCUUUAAUCCCUAAUUAAUGAUUGGUGAUGAUUAUCUGUGGGCUCAGAAGCUUCUGCUAUAAUGCUGCUCUAAGCUGUUUAGGUUUUUUUGCUCAUGGGUUUUGAAGGAUACAGAAAAUAAUGACAGAAUGCAUCCGUUUUAUUUCAGCGCAGUAAAGAAAGUGUCCCAUUAGAAGUUCAGCUGGAUCAGUGGACCAUCCGUUAGAGGCUCAUCGCAAAUCAGAGAAAGUUUGCUAAAAGUAAAAUUCACAUGUUCUCUUUUUGUAAAAGACUCAGGAAAAAAAUGUACCUUUGUGUUUAUAGGUGUGUUGGCGGCGUUUACACCUCAAACACAAGACUGCAGGUGUGAGGGAGUCACUUAUUACCAUAACUCAUUUUAGCUUUAUUUGUAUUUUUUAUUAAUCACUUAUCAUAUUAAAAUCUAGAAAUAAAUCCCAUGAAUCACUAUUUUAAAUCACCAUUUUUCCAACAUCUGUUUUUUUGUUCUUGGAAACUCCCUCUCUUCUGUAGCUAGAAUGAUUGUUACCAGACACAAGUGUAGGUGGUGUGAUGAGGUGGAUGGACUUGGGCAGCUUAAGCACAGCUGCGUCUCGUCUUGCUAGUGAUCAGGUGAGGCCAAGACAGCAGCUGGAUGUGGAUUCUUCAGCUAGGAGGCUCCAGGUUCCCACUGGCCCUUCCCUGCCACGGCAGUGUGAACUCGACCAUUUGAAUCUGACCGCCGAGUGUUUAGAGCGACGCUCAUGCCUCACCCGACUAAUAGGGUGAAGAGGCUUCACUAGUCAUGGAUGAGUCAGCACUUUUUAUAAACAGAUGAGCCCUCAGCAUCAAUGAGUCUCCCAUGCAUCUGGUUUAUGGAUUAAUGGGAGGUAGAAGAUCCAGAAUGACUCAUUUUUCUGAGGGUGUUGAUGGGGAUUUUCAUAUCUGAUGUAAUUUUAGAGACCAAAUUAUAUUCCCACGCUGUCGGCUUUAGGAUGUGAGCAAAACUGAUUUGAUCAGAGAAGAGCAUAAUUUAUUUUGAUGUAUUGAUCAAAGCUGAAUCAUAAUAAGACAUCCGACUGAUUGAGAUUCCUUCGUCUGACUAAAUCUGAAACUGAAGAGCUUCUGUUGGGUUGCAUCAUCAGAAGUCUGGAUAUUAGGGUAAAGUAGAUGUAAAUGAAUUGUAACAAAGUACUUUGUUCACACGCAGUUCAGAUUGUUUAAAAACUAACAGCAAUCCUUCAAUUAGGCUUUCUGUAGUUUUCACACAUGAAUUUAUCCCAGGAUUAUAGGAGCUGAUCCACAUUUUGUUUUUCCAGACAAUAAUUUGCUUAAUCUGUCAUUUUUCUUUUUGAAUAACUGAGCAUUCAGGAACAGAAGUGUUGUGUGUGAAUAACAAGUUUCAUGUUGUUUAUACCAAAGUCAUAUAUUCAAUUACAAACAUGUAUAUUUUUGUGCAAACAGACUUCCAUUUAGUAUUUGGUGAUGUUGAAUCUCCUCGGAGAUGUCACAGAGAUACUGCCUUUUGAGACAUGCUAGUUUUCCAAGUGUAGAGUGUGUAGAUUAUUGCAAAAAAAAAAAAUAGAAAUUUAAAUUGGUAAAAGUUGUUGAUUUUGAAGGGGGGUCGUGCAAGUAGAGGUCAGCGUUUGGUCGGCUUCCGUUUUAAAGAAAACCGAGCCAGCAGCUGCAGGUUCUCCUCAGAAGUGUUGCCCUUUGUUGUUGAAGAGUGUUGGAUUCAUUUACAGCAGAUUUAGUUUCACUUGGUUAAUAAAAGCACAACAGCAGUUUAUUGUUGCAUCGUUUUCUUGUAUUUACUCCUUUUUUCUUUUGUCCAACAGCUUCAUUAAGCUGCUAUUGUUGUUCACUGUGCAUUGGGGUCUACACUUACAGUAUAUAUUUUAAUAUUUGAUUAAAGAAAACAAGAACUCUUCAACAAAUGGCCCCAGAGGUCAGAGUGAUUUAUGCAAUAAGAUGUUUUCUGGGAUUCUUGGCUGCACCGUGGACCCAGGUUGGUUAUACAGACUUUGCAGUCGAAGCACAAUGUGCAUACCUUACCAUUUUCUAGUCUGAGUAAGAGAAGUGUUUAUAUAGAGUCAAUCUUUGUGCUUUAAAUUUGCUUUUUAAGAUGUAAAAAAGUAAAUAAAAGCAUUUUUCUUAAAGA